AUGUUCAUCACAACGCUUAUUGUACUGAACUUGGUGGCUUUAAACACCGUUCCAGUCAUCACAGAGACCAAAUCCAGACAGAGAGACCAGAGAGUCAAAUACUUUAAAAUAGACCGUAUAAAUAACUGUGAUCCAGCGGAUCAAUUUCUCGUGACAAUGCUGCCGGAAUAUAGCGUAAACAACAAGCCCAACGAGAAUUUAUUCAACUGCACACUUCGCACAAAGGAAGAAAUUGAAGGCCCUUUGAAGUACGAAGCAAACAUCAGACGCUGUGAGAUGGAUCUCUCCAAGUGUGAAUUUUUCAACACGAUCGAAACGGAUGUGCUAUGUGAGUACUUUGAGGAUGCCGGAUUCAGAAAUCGUUUCCUAAACAGUAUUUCGCAACCAUUGACGUGUCCGGUUCAGCCAGGGGAUUAUCAGUUUAUCAACACCAAGUGGGAUAUGUCAGCGAUCGUUAAUCUACCGGGCAGUGGAUACCGAUGGAAAAUUGUAACUAGUGUAAAGCAAACGGCGACAGGACGAAUAGUUUACUGUGUCGAAAUGAUGGCAAGAAUUGUGGUGAUUAGAAAGAAGGGCAACAGAAUUUAA